UGAAUUCACAAUCUUUUAUUAUUUAAUUGAUCAAGAUGAAUCGAGUGCAUGGUCGGAAUCACCCCGAGAGCGAGUCAGGGCGAUGCGCUUCUCCACGAUCUUGAGAGCCGUGGAAGCGGAGGUGCUGCCGAAGAUCAAAGGGUCGCGCUUCAUUGGCUUCAUCGCGCCAGUAACUUCUCGCGACGAAGCGCUCGAGGUUGUGUCACAGCGACGAGUAAAGUACCCUCAAGCCAACCAUCACUGCUUUGCGUAUUCGCUCGCUGCCACCAAGGAAUGCUAUUGCUCUGACGACGGAGAGCCACACAGCACUGCAGGUCGUCCCAUUCAGCAAGUGCUGUCCCAACAUCAGGUGCAGGACGUAUGCCUCGUGGUAUCUCGAGUGUUUGGAGGCACGAAGCUCGGCACGGGAGGGCUCGUCAGAGCGUACAGCAGCGCGGCCGACCUCGUCAUGUCGCAAGCAACUAUCGUAGAGACCCAGGUAUCGUCAUCGCGAACCCUCCAUGUGCCCAUUCGAUUUGCCGACACCGUCAAGAAAACCCUUGCCAACUUCGACGGCACGAUCACAGCGCUGGAGUUUGGUGUGGAUGGGGCUGAAAUGCGCGUGAAGCUUCCGGUGGCAAAAAACACAGCUUUCGAGACAUACCUCAGCGAGCUUACAGGCGGCCGAGCAACUCUGUCAUAAUACACCAGUCACACUACGUCCA